GAUAUGUCCGGGAAAUUGUAUUUGAAGUCGCUCUAGCCAAAAUGUUGAAAGCUACAAAGUCAUGCCGUUCAGUGGUUUGUGUGAGAUUUCGGAAAAACUAGUGAAAAGUGAAAAUCUGAAGAAUCAGUGAUCGGUGAAAAUAAAGACAAAGUUCCACAUACAUUCAGCCGUUUCUACGGGUAGUUUCAGAAAAUGAUGUCAAAAAUGAUAUCGUCGAUCGUCUUAGUGGUGGUUGAUGGGGAUUGUAGGAAAAAUGUUCAAUCGUGACAUUAAAACUGAUUUACCUCAACACUGCCUGGGAAAAUGCAGAAAGAAAAUUCCAACCCCUCCCCUGAGGUGCACCAAUAUGUGGGGCCUUAUAGGCUGGAAAAGACUUUGGGAAAAGGCCAAACUGGUCUAGUCAAGCUUGGCAUUCACUGUGUAACAGGAAAGAAGGUAGCUAUCAAAAUUAUUAAUAGGGAAAAGCUGAGCGACAGCGUCUUGAUGAAGGUGGAGAGAGAAAUUGCCAUCAUGAAGCUGAUAGACCAUCCUCACGUGCUGGGUCUGACUGAUGUCUAUGAAAACAAAAAAUACCUUUAUUUAGUUCUAGAACAUGUAUCUGGUGGCGAACUUUUUGACUACCUAGUCAAAAAGGGAAGGUUGACACCAAAAGAAGCUAGGCGAUUCUUUAGACAAAUUAUUUCCGCCUUGGAUUUUUGCCAUAGCCAUUCUAUAUGUCAUAGGGAUUUAAAACCUGAGAACCUUCUCCUGGACGAGAAAAACAACAUCAAAAUAGCUGAUUUUGGCAUGGCUUCUCUGCAGCCUAUGGGAUCUAUGUUAGAAACCAGCUGUGGGUCCCCGCACUACGCUUGUCCAGAAGUCAUAAGGGGUGAAAAAUAUGAUGGUAGGAGAGCAGACGUGUGGUCCUGUGGUGUAAUUUUGUACGCUCUUCUAGUGGGUGCCUUGCCGUUUGAUGACGACAAUCUGAGGCAAUUGCUCGAGAAGGUGAAAAGAGGAGUUUUUCAUAUUCCCCAUUUUGUUCCUCCAAACUGCCAGAGCUUGCUCAGGGGUAUGAUCGAAGUGAAUCCGGAAAAAAGAUUAUCCUUGGCAGACAUCAACAAACAUCCAUGGGUGACAGCGGGGGGCAAAGGAGAACUGGAACUCGAGUUACCCAUGAUGGAGGUCGUCCAGACCCACGUGUUGCCGUCCGUUGAAGCAGUGGAUCCAGACGUUCUUCAAGCUAUUUGUAGCUUAGGUUGUUUCAAAGAGAAGGAGAAGUUGAUACAGCAUCUACUUAGUCCUAGUCACAAUACCGAGAAGGUCAUCUAUUUCUUAUUGCUUGAGAGGAAGAGGAGAAGACCAGCUUGCGAAGAUGAAACAGAUUCGAUGCUGCGGAUGAGAAAUCCAGAAGGCCAAGACCCGCCUAAGAAAAGAAUAGAUACCUGUAGGAUAAACGGUCAAAAUACUUUGCAGUUCGGGCAAAUCAGUGAAGGAUCACCUCUCACACCUAGGAGGACGCAUUUCAAAAGGCAUCACCCCAGAAGGAGCCCGUCGACGGGAAGCACGCACAGCAGCCUCAACAUCCACUCUCCCACGAGAUCGUCAGGUUCCUCCAGUCCUGUGAUGUUCAACAGCGCCAUAACGCCUACCAACACCCAUUCUGGAAUGUCUUCGCCAGUUGGCCAGAGAGCACCACAUCAUACCCACAGGAGCUCUACUCACGUUACUUCGAAUACUCACGUCACUGUUACCCCUCCACCUGCCACUCCCACUCACCAUAGGGCCAACAGUAGUGGAGGGGCGCCCGUUACAUCAGGAAUAGCUUUGAAGUCCCCUGAAAAUGAUACCUCAAGCUUAGUAACAGUGCGAAUCCCUGGUCCCACGAUACUAGCUCCAAUGACGCCCCCAGGCUCUCCCCACUCCAGCAGUACCAGUCAUCACUGGCGGUCAAGGCUGACUACGAUUAAAAAUAGUUUUCUAGGUUCCCCAAGGUUUCACAGAAGGAAACUUCAAGCAUCUUCUGAGGAAGUCCAUCUAACUCCCGAGUCUUCGCCGGAGCUCACGAAGAAGUCCUGGUUUGGUAGCUUGAUGACCACGGAAAAAGAUGAAACUUUUACUAUAUUGGUGAAGGGCAAACCGCUAGCUUCUGUCAAGGCAGAUUUAAUACAUGCCUUUUUAUCGAUAGCAGAAUUGAGCCAUUCAGUGUCAAGUCCCAUGUCCUUUAGGGUAGAAUAUAAAAGGGGUACUACAGGUCCAGCGAUGUUUCAAAGACACGUACGUUUUCAAGUGGACAUUUCACCAAUAAUCAAACAAUCAAGGGAUAACGCCAAAGAACAUAUUUUUGCUAUAACUUUCACACUAUUAUCAGGUAAUAUUAGACGUUUCAGAAGAGUAUGUGAACACAUUCAAGCCCAAGUUUGCACACGAAGGCCUCCGCCUAGUCCAAGAGCCCAAAGAAAAUUCACAACCGAGCUCAGUGAGAGUUCCAGUUGUGGAUCAGACUCUAGCGAACUAUUUCUGAAUGCCAGGCAGAUAAACGUACUCCAGCUAGAAGGCAGUGAUCUCGAGAGCGAAUGCAGCGUCUUCGACGUCAGGACCGCAGCCAGGGAAGUUUCCAGAAGGGCGUCCACAAACAACAACACGGAAACGUGCGAGCAGAAUAGCCCGGGGACCCCGAAAGCGGUUCGUUCAAAUUCGGAAAACACAGAAACGUGCGAGAAAAAAUGCAUAACGACUAUGUCGGGUAGUUCUAUUGCGUAAUAUUUGUAGCCUAUAUUUCGGGCGAUUGUUAGUCGAAUGAAGAUCGUGUUUUGGAAGUUGUGGUUGAUAUUUUUCAGUGGCGUUUGGCGAAGAAGUUAACUUCUGAGUCAAUACGUAACUGUCCUAUUUGCGAUUAUGGUUGUGUAUUAUAGUACGCUAAGGGUUAUUCGGAAAGAUGACUGAGAGAGAUGUUCUGGGCUGUUUGAUUUAUUUAUAGUCAAAACACAAAAUAUUUGAGUAUGAUAAUAGAGUUUUCUUAGCACAAGAGUACCAAUAAAAAUUCAUGAUAUUCGAAAUGAAAAAUAAAAAAUGAUCUCCAAUUCCUAAAAUUCAGAACUGCAGUACUCUUCCCAACGCGUGUUUCAACAGUCAAUGGCGUCUUCAGGAGAUGAAGA